AUGGAAACAAGAGUAUCUUCGGCAUGUGAAGCUCUGGUCCAUGGAAGAUUUUUUGAGGAACUGUCAUCAGAUAUGAUCCUUUGUAUCCUUAAAUCUGGCUGUUUGAGCGCGUCUGAUUUUGCUUGUCUAGAGAUAACUUGCACAACAUUCGGUGGAAUCAGAGAACUACUUCACCCAAUAAUAAGUUUCGGAUCUUUAGUUGAUUUGGCAGCGUUUCAAUUAUGUGAAUCUCAUCCAAUAUAUUCAUGUUUGAACGAAGCUGGAAAAGAAAAACUUUUGAGUUGGAUGGGCAACAAAUGGAGUCGAGCAUUGAAUUUCCUUUCAGGUUAUAAUUAUAUACAUGAUGAUGAGGUGAAGGCGGCAGGAGUUAAUAAUUUUACAAUUGUGUCGACGACGACGAAGGAUUCUUCUCAUGUGUACAUUUGGAAUGGUCAUUCAUUGGGUAUCCUUUUAUUAAUGGGGGACUAUUUAAAGCAUGAACAGUUUACUCGGAUUAGCUUCGACCAGCCUUUAACAACAUCAUAUGUGGAUAAUAUAGUCUCUGUCUCUUCCAAAUACGAACAUGUUGCUUUUAUUACGCAAUCAGGAGAGGUUUUUACAUGCGGUGUCAAUUCGUCAGGUUGUUGUGGGCAUACAACAGGUGGGGAUGGUACUCAUGAUCAUGACAUUGACAAUAAUCGUAUCCUUAAACCUCGGCUUGUGGAAGGCGCACUGAAGGGAAUACCAUGCAAACAAGUUGCAGUCAGUUAUAAAUUCACCGUGUUUCUUACUAGAGAUGGACGAGUAUAUACUUGUGGGAGAAACGAUCACGGUCAGCUUGGUCAUGGCGAUAGGGUGGAUAGACCAACACCUACCAUAGUAGAAUCGUUAGUAGAUGAUGUAAUAGUUCAGGUUUCAGCUGGUAAAACUUUCACAUUAGCUCUAACUAGCAAUGGCAAAUUGUAUUCAUUCGGGUCGGGCGAUGAUUGGUGCUUGGGUCACGGAGUUAAGAAGAAUGAGUUAAGCCCUCGUCUGGUUCACGACUUAAAUAGAAUAUGGCAUCUUCACAUUGUUAGAGUCUAUGCAGGAGUUAACCAUGUUGUAGCUAUUGAUUCUAGGGGAUUGGUUUAUACUUGGGGGAGAGGUAAAAUAGGCCAGUUGUGUAAUGGAGGAAUUUUAGACAAUUUGAUUGAAUUCCCUCAUUAUCGCAAAGAGCUAUAUCGAAUCACACCACAAGUAGUCAAGACUCUGAGGAGCCAAAUUGCUAUACAGGCAACGGUUAACCAGUUUAAUACGGUUAUUUUAAUGAACGACCGUCGCACUAUUUACGUGCAUGGUCUUAGAUUUCCAUGGGAGGGGUAUGAGUUGUCUCUUGAAGACAAGUUAAAAUUGGACGAACAUAUUGAAAUCAUUUGUCAAGUUAGCAGUGGCCUCUAUCACACCGUCUUAGUCACUAACCGUGGUCGACAUAUUGGAUUCAGAACUAACGAUGAUGGGCGGGUCGAACACGAUAAUAUUACUAGAUGGUUAUUUCCCCUCACUCAACUUUCUUUAUAG